AGUUAAUGCAAUGAGAUAACGUUACUGGUUUUUGUUUACCUAAACCAUUUUAGAUACAAUUUUUCAUCUGAUCAUCUCUCAAUAUCACUAUAUUUGAUCAUUGUCUUCCUUUUCAAAUACUUCAAUUGUCAAGAUAUCUGUGAAAAACCUGAAUCAAAAGACUAUAACAAAGUAAUAUUUAAAAAUGAUUCAUAUCAAUAUGUAAGUAAUUAGUCAGAUUCUAAUACACAUACUAAGUCUUUCCAUUAUCAUUACUCAAUGAGAAUUAUUCUUAAUCAAUCUUAUCCAGUUAUGAAUGAUAUUUUAAAUAAAUCUCUUAAUCGUCAACGUGUUACACCAAAAUUCUCAUUUAAAUAUUAUGAUAGUCAAACCAAUAAUCUUGUUAUUGACUCUAGAGGUGAAAUAGGUAUAUUCAAAGAAAGGUACCUCGGAUUUAUUACAAGUCAUUUAUCAGGCACUUCACGUUCAGAAUAUGGAGUUUUGGAUACCCAGGAAUUAUUCGCUGUCAAAUGGUCUUAUGUGAAAACAGUUGAUGAUACAAAGGUUACAGCUAAUAUAACUUGCCUGAUACAUUCAAAGGGGAAAAUAUCUUUCUAUUAUGAUUAUAUUCCUAUAGAAAUUGAGGAAAGUAGGCGGCAAUCGAAAAUCAACCAUAUGUUUAUGUGUGGAACAAGUAAGAAACAUUUCAAUGAAUGUCGUUAACAUUCUGAUGUACGGUGACUUGUUACAUUACUUUCUAUUGGUAACACGAUAUCAACAUGUCAACACAGAAUAUUUCUGUAUUCUAUCACAGUGACUUUCUUAAAGCCUACAUUAUUCAGUUGUUUCGUGAGUGAAAUCAGUUGGUGGAAAUAUCAUUGAAUUGUUGCGGAUAAUUGUGCGAAAUGAAAUUGGGAUACUAUUUGUAAACGCACACAUCUGAUUAUGAAUAAUAGUGCAGCAGAAUCCUGAAAGUGUUUGAUGUUUAUGAUUAAGUUUUUCAAACAAUGGAUCACUGCAAUUAACUGAAUUGAAAUCGAACGACCGUCAUUCUUAUUGAUGUCACAGAAAUUAUUUGAGCUGUUAUGGUGAAAUAGUACUAACGUUGCUUCAGAUUUCUGUGCUAAAUUCCAUCCACAAGGAAUUUCAUGAACCACAUCCACUGACACUCACUUAACCGAGUAUCUCGAGCAAAAUAACUGAAGUGUAUGAAUGUCUUCAUCGCAAAACUGUGGAUGGCUAUUUGGAGACGUAUUACGCUUAUGGUUACCGAUUGACUGAUCAACACAGGAAUAUGUGAAUGGUCGUAUUAAGCAGACAAUAUAUCCACUCAUUAACUCACUGACUCACUUACUCACAGUACGAUCAGUUACACUUGCAGUCCUCAGUCAUAUCACCACUUAAUGCAAACGGAGGUGUAUUUUGCAUAAAACAGAAAUAAACAAGGUGUACUUGAAACUGAUAUUUCUUUUAUAAAAUGCUCAAAUGUCAUGCUUCACUGAAAUAAUCAUAUGUUAUUGAAAGAUGAAGCUGAAUUUCAAGACGAGUAUUGAGUAUAUCACAGCAGUUGAAAUAUUGGUACCUGAAAAGUGGAUCAAAACUGGCACGUUAGUAGAGUAUGAAGUUAUCGGGAAAAUUUGUUCAAAAUACAAUUCAAUUGAAAUAUGCCAAAAUACAACAACAUUGAAUAUAACAUGUAUUUGGUGUGAAAAAGCUAAUGCAUGCAUUGAAAGUAAUGAUGAAGAUACUCAUCAUUUGAAAGUAAAUGAUUGUCAGAUUAAGAAUAUGAUGACUACCGAAAUAACCGAAGAGAAUAAACAGAACAAAUCACCUCAGUAUUUGUACAUUGUGAUACCUUUGGUUGUUUCUUUAUUUGUUAUAUGUAUCGGUUGUAUUAUUUGGAGAUGGAUGUAUAAAAGAAAGAGAAAUAAUGAAUGAACAUCUUAUAACUCACUUCAAAUAUUCUGACUAAGUUGUUUCUCUUCUAUAUUUCAUUAGAAAACUUUCGAUUCGAUUCUUAUUCAUUUCAAAGAAGUUGGAGAAUUUGUUUAUGAAACUAUGUACAUUCUUAUGCUUGUUUACGUAAUCACUGAUGUAAUCUUAUUUAUAAAAUAUUAAAAAUGUUUUUUUAUUGGUUGAGAUCAUGAACCAAUUGAUGUUAGACUACCAUUGAACACCUGGAAGCAUUGGACGGCCGUUUCAUCCUAGUAUGCGACUUCUCAGCAGUACACAUCCACGAUCCCGCUCCCAGCGAGAUUCGAACCCAGGGCAUUUAGUCUUGCGUGUGAACGCUCAACCUACUAGACCACUGAGCCAUCCGGCAUCCAAUGGUGUUAAUGUCCAACCUCGACCAAUCCACGAAAUUGCACGACCAUCUUCCAUUUUACUGAGGUAGAUAUCUGUCUCUACCUGACACGGAUUGGCUACAUUGGUCACGGCUUCUCAUUAGAACUUUGAGAAUUUCCUCACGAAGGUAGUCACCGGUUUUAUUAAUAUUUACGUUGUUAUCUUCAUUCAAUAGUAACUGCAACCAACAAUGAUUCCGUUGUAAAUGCCAUUUAGAGGAAGUCUCAUUAUUGGAAAAUAUCAGUUGG